GGAGAUCCUGUGCAAAGACCCCAAAUUGGACCUUGACCAAACUUUUGCAUAUGUACGUCGCGAAGCUCAACAACGACUGACCAUGGCCAGUACUCCAGACACUGCGGUUCUAGCCACUCAACGUCCGAGGGGCCCUCCACCCUCUACCGGUGGCGCUUCUCAGACUCAGACCACAAGCUCUCGUCCGGAAACCAAAUGCACUCAUUGUGGUGGGAGCAAACAUAAUCGUGCUCGCUGUUAUGAACUAAUUGGGUACCCGGAUUGGUGGGACCACUCCAAAGCUCCUCGCAGGAAUAAGAGCACCUCCCUUCACACAUCUUCCGUCACGGAUCCUGUAAGUCCUGCUGCUCCACCUGCACCGGCUCCUGCCUCUGCCUCUGUAGCCACAUCAGGACAUUCUCAGCAGCAAGACGAUUGGUUGUGGUACUAGGAGGGGCAAACUCUAUUAUUUGGACCUGGCAUCUGACAGUGAAGCCAGCCUCAGUCAAGCUUACAAAAUUGGGGGGACGAGUGUUGAGAAGAAAACUUC